GCGCUUUGUUGCCGUUAUACGGAACCGUGCACGACUGAGUUGCAAGGAUUCAGAAAGAGCGUCGUAGCUGGCUUAAUUCGGUAUAUUACCUCCCGCUGCGAUCGUCGGCGCGCGCGUCCGUGAUAUUUUUCGCCGCACUCGUGCGCCUUGGGGGCCGCCACGAAGCCUGCCAGCUAGCUAGUUAACCAGUCAGUCGACCAAUCAUCAGUCGUCGGAGCUCGUCGCGCCUCGAUUCGCUCUUGUAUCUCCAUCGCGCUCUAACCUCAAUUGUAUUGCUGCUCGUCGCGAGCGAGCCGUCUCGCUUCCGCGCGCGCGCUUCCUCUCGGAUCUCUUCUCUCUUUACACCGCACCUUCGCGUCCCUUCCCCGCGCUCUCCCGCCUCUGUUGCCCUCUUCCUGUCCGCGUACGUACGUACCGUGCUGUCCGUCUCUUCCUCCCCCGCCCUCCCCCCAACCGUAUCUCCCUCUCUUCUCGUGACUCUCUUUUCCUCCUGCUAGAAUCGACUAGUGUAUCGUCGUCGCGCGAUUUUACUUGGUCUCGUGUGUUACGGACGGCUACAGACAUCCAGGAUGCAAGCUAUCAAGUGCGUGGUCGUCGGCGACGGAGCGGUCGGUAAAACAUGUUUGCUGAUCAGUUACACCACCAAUGCAUUUCCUGGGGAAUACAUUCCAACGGUAUUCGACAAUUACUCCGCGAAUGUGAUGGUUGACGGGAAGCCGAUUAAUCUCGGAUUAUGGGAUACUGCAGGACAGGAAGAUUAUGACAGAUUAAGACCAUUGUCUUAUCCACAAACUGACGUAUUCUUGAUUUGCUUCUCGCUGGUGAAUCCAGCAAGUUUCGAAAACGUGCGCGCUAAAUGGUAUCCUGAAGUGCGUCAUCAUUGUCCUGCUACUCCAAUCAUUUUGGUGGGCACUAAAUUAGAUCUACGCGAGGACAAAGAGACCAUUGAGCGUUUGAAAGACAAGAAACUGGCUCCUAUUACUUACCCUUCGGGUUUGUCAAUGGCAAAGGAGAUUGGUGCUGUAAAAUAUUUGGAAUGCUCUGCUCUGACGCAAAAAGGCUUGAAGACAGUGUUCGACGAGGCGAUACGCGCCGUACUGUGCCCCGUUCUGCAAGUGAAGCCAAAACGCAGAUGUUUCCUUCUAUAAUAUUAAAUGUAUCCCUCUUUGCACGUUGGUACUGGAAUGUGUUAGUGUCUCAUUGUCUCAUCUCCAGUGUACCAAGCUCGAAUAGAGAAUCAAUCGGACGAGUUACCGAUAUUUGGAACCCCAGUUGUACCAGCCUACGUCAGCAUCAACAGGCUGCAAACAUCUGCCAGCAUAAGCGCACAAACAUCAAUUCCGUGUAAAUUUCCAACGAGCGAGACAAAAGAGGGUUCACACAAAAUCAUAAAUUUUGAAAUACAAAUUCACUUUUAUGUGGCCUCCAGCAUCCUGAAGGAAAUCAAUUAAGGAGGUUUUGUGCUGUCUACGCGAACAAAGCUUCCAGUCUAGACAGUCUGAUAAUAUAAUAGGGCUAUAAAUGCAAAUCGACUGGAUGUUCUAAGCGAAAGGAGUGUAAAAGAAGCCAAAAUAACUGAACUAACCGCUGUACAGUAUACUAGAGAAAGUACGUUAUUAAUAUUAUAAUUAAUAACUAUAUAUGAAUGGUAAAAGAAAAAAAGCAAAUAUUACCAUAUAAUUGUGUAAGCGUCCAAACACUGACUGUAUACUGAUCAGUUUAAUCAAAGAGGAAAACCAUUUUAUGCUAUUUGCCAUUGUACAUUUUAGGUAGAACAGAAUAUAUAGUUAACGCAUUUAAAAAGGGUAGAAAAAAAGAAAAAAAUAUAAUAGUUUUCCUUAUCGUGGAAAGAUUUCAAUAUGCAUCAAGAUAUAAAUUGAAAGGAGAGAAAGAGAGAGAGAGAGAAAGAGAAUAUUUUUUAGAGAUACACAUAGUACGUGGCAAACUUGUUUGGACGAUAUUCAUCUAGAUGUUCAUUAUAAAUGUGAAUAACAGUAAGUACACACACGUACACUUCUCCCUGUACUUAGAGCAACUAUACGCAUUUCUUUUGAUUCAGGAUAUUAAUGCAAUAUGUUAGCAAAAGCUUUAACAGAGCUUUCACGAAGUUGUUUUCACAAAGAGGAUUCUUUCUCUGAUAAAGACACAUCCAUUGAGUUCGUUCACAUAUAAACGUUCUAGAUUUAUUUGAGAAAUUGUAUAUAAAAUCUAAUUGAAGGCAUUUAGACGUCAAUCAAAUGCUGUUCAAUGUUUAGUGUCCGUGUCCGAUAUUUAAUUGUGUUAUGCAAUAAUUUCUCUUGGAGACGAGAGUUUGCGAUAAUUUGAAAAUGAUAAUUAGUCAACAGAGGCCGAUAGAAAGGAAAUAAAAAAAAAGAUAAAUCUGAUAGUUGUAUUUUCCAACCAGGAUUGGUAGCGCAGCGGCCGCAUAAUAUGGCUUCCUUCUUCCACUAAAUUGGUUAACAUUACCGUAUAAACGUUACAUACCAUAAUUUAAGCGAUAGCUAACUGUACAAGAGUUCUAGAUGUAUGUGAUAUAAGUAUAAAUGUCAAAUCGUGUUUAACGAUUCCUCUGCUUCGCUCGCGGAUAGCACGACAAGAUCUGUGAUUAAUACGCACAAUGCAUCACGUUAUUUCUCACAGGAAGUACAGUGUCAUCAGAUUGGAAUUAAAAAGGGUAUUCCCGCAUUUAAUAAAAGAAAAAAAAGGAACAGGAUAUGACUACUGAAGCAGGGGAAGCGUGAAUGUAUGCAUGUGUGUAAACGAGUAAGUGUUAUCAGUGCGAAAGAGACGGAGAGGAAGAAUAUGAAAAAUGCGAGCAUGUAGCUAUUAUAACGAGAGAGAAUAUGCUAUAGCAUAACAAGUGUACAUAAAUGCUGAACUUCAAAUGUAUUCCUACUUAUUACCACAUAUAAUUUACGAUUUCACGUGUGUAUGCGUACAUUAUAAGUGGUAAUACGAGUUAUAUACAUAUAUACAUAUAUAUAUAUACAUAAGUCGCUGAUCGAAUCUAAAUCGAACGUUACUUGUUUUUUAUAUAUAUAUUAUAAAUAUAUAUAAAACGGUCGGGGGGGGAGCUGGACCAAGACCUAACUACUCAAUCAUCGCAGAUCCAUUAAAUCUCUGUGCAAUCUGUUUGAAAAAAAAAUGAAGAUUCGGUCCACGGGAAAGAAUCAGAAAACUAUUGUAACUGAAUAUGCUUUAUUAAAUGGGUGUUUAUUAAA